AUGACACUGCCUGGGAUACUGGACGAACAACUCACCGAGAUCGCCUCGGCGCGAUCCACCUUACAGCCAGCUCAACGGACGCAAUCAGCUGAGUCGGGAGAUUCGUCUCUGCGUCCCAAGCGCAGCUUGACCAGUCUUGUACCACCCAAGAAAAACACCACGCGGUCGCCCUCGCCCGUCGGCCGUCUUAGGGGUGUUUUCAAGUCAAAAAAGACUCCCAGCGCUACCACCAGUCCGGAGCGAAGUGUGGCCGGUGACGACACCGAUCUUGACCGAGACAACCACAAAAAUCCUUACCGAGGCAGAGCUGCAGCGUCGACCUCUGACCUCAUCUCGACCACCACAAAGCCACUUCACUUCCAAGACCCGCCGCCACCGGUGUCAGCUGCGUCGACGCCACAACCCAAUCCGACAACCAACACGAAUGCAUCCUCCCGUGUAACCUCUUCCCAUUCUCCUGAGCGACGUCGCUCGAGAGCCUCCACGGCAACUUCCAAAAUCGACACCUCUAUCGUGCCUCAAACCCCGCCCAACGCCGACAAGGGCACGCCCGUUAUCGUCAAUACCCCUCCCACCCCGACCGAUCACAAAAACCCCUCUGCCCGCUCUUCGCCGGGGCCCGGUCCGCAGCCCGCUGUUGAUGCAGCUGCAGCCGCCCCAGGCGACGCGAAUGGUGGCUCUCCCCCGGGUAACAUGAUUGCUCACCGUAGGGGAAGGUCAGGAUCUGGCAGUAUCGGGCCUAGCAAGCUCUCCAACAUCACCAACGCUCCUUUGACACCCACCCCCGAGAACGGCACCGUCAGCAACCCGGGUACCCCCGCCGCGGGAGGUGGCUUCUUCUCAUCCGUCUUUUCUGCCGCGCAGAACGCCGCAACACAGCUCAGCAGCACCAUUCAAAACACCGGCAUUGGACCAAACCCCCCUAAGAACAAGAACAUCCAAAAACCACCCGACAUCAGGAUUCAGGACCAUCCCGAAGUCGAACCACCCCUGCCGUCCCUGUCAGGAUCAGCCAUGGAGAAGGAACCAGCAGUCAAGACCAUUGGCUCUGGCGAGCUGAGCCUCAGCCAGCUCGGUAUAACAGAUACAGGCAGCGUCGCCGGAACUCCCGUCACGGCCAAGUUCCCCGAUACCUCCGACUCGCGCACCAGAUCAGAAUCAGCUCCCACCGAUAACGCAUACGCAGCCGCUACCCGUGACCUAGGACCUGACGACCGGCAGGCUACGAGACCCCAGUCGCUGUACGACCCAGGAAGUGGAGGCGACCGCACGCCUCCCACGAGCAGUAUCAACGAGGACAAGAAUUCCGGCAUCCAUCGAAGCGGAAGUAUUAGAAGCGCCAUUGGACGCCAUCGCAAACGGGGAAGUUCCGCUGUUUCUGGAGGUACGGCAACCACAGUAGGCGCUGCAAUCACUGCGGCUAACGCGUCAGUCGCUCAUCCUCAAGCCAAUGCGAGCGUGCCGAAACUCACCGGAUUCGCCGUUGCGAGCAAGAAGCGCAACCGUGAUUUCCACGCAUUGUUCAAGAGCGUGCCCGACGAUGAUUACCUUAUAGAAGACUACAGCUGUGCGUUGCAGCGUGAGAUCCUGGCGCACGGCCGGCUGUACGUAUCCGAAGGCCACCUUUGCUUUAGCAGCAACAUCCUCGGCUGGUCGACGACCCUCGUCAUGAGCUUUGACGAGAUCGUGAGCGUCGAGAAGCGGAGCACGGCCCUCGUUUUCAAGAACGGCCUGAUGAUAUCAACCUUGCAUGCGAAACACAUCUUUGCCAGUUUCACCAGUCGCGACUCCACUUAUGACCUAAUUGUCAAUAUUUGGAAACUUGGACACCCAACUCUCCGCAGCUCUUUGAAUGGAGUGCAACUUGAGGGCACAGGUGGCGACAAAACGGAGAAAGUUGACGUAGACACGGCGGUCCCAGAAGUAUCUGGCGCUGGAGCGAACGGCGCCGUUUCCGAGGUAGUCAAGGACGCUGUUGGUCAACCCGCCGGCGGAGACGACUUCCCAGGACCAGCUACCCACGCACCCACGGACUGUGGAGACUCGGCGACGCACUAUGAAAAGGUCGUCGGAGACGAUGUCAUCCCGGCGCCGAUAGGAAAGGUCUACAACCUGCUUUUUGGCCCGGCCUCGGUCACAUGGAUGUCCAAGUGGCUCACUGUCGAGGGCAAAUGUACCGAGCUGCAGAUGGAAGACAAGAAGGGCCUGACCCUGGAAAACAAGUCGCGAUUCUUCAGUUAUAUCAAGCCUCUGAACGGAGCUAUCGGCCCGAAGCAGACGAAAUGUCUUGUUACUGAAACGUUGGAGAAUCUCGACUUUGAGAAGGCCAUCAACUUCAACGUCGUCACCCAGACACCUGACGUUCCGAGCGGCAACAUCUUCAGCGUCAAGACCAAGUACUGUCUGUCUUGGGCGGAAAACAACUCGACUCGAGUCCAGACCAAUUGCACAAUUGAGUGGACGGGCAAGAGUUGGUUGAGAGGUCCCAUUGAAAAGGGUGCUAACGAAGGUCAAACCGCAUACUGCAAAGACCUAUUUGCUAGUUUGAAGCAGGCUGUUUCCUCCAAGACUCGUACCAAUGGUGCAGGCGGAGGUGGUGUGAAGGGCAAGAGGAGGGGCAAGAAGGGCAAGGCCACUGGCUCGUCGACUGACGUCGAGGAUGAGCAAGUUCGGCCUAAAAAUGUUCCCAAGAAGGACUGGGGGCCUCUGGAACCCGUCCGCGGUAUUUUAGAGCCGAUCCUCGAUAUUCUCAAGCCCCUGAUGACAGGCAACAUGAUGUAUGGACUCUUGGUUGGCCUGCUUGUUGCCACGUGGUUUGGUUUCGGUCUUCCCGGGCGACAAUCAUCGAGCAACGUGCGCAUGUACGGUUAUCCCGACCGUCUCGCUGCAUAUGAUGAGAUUUGGAGACGAGAGGAGAGUGAGCUGUGGGACUGGUUGGAAGAGCGAGUUGGGCUGGAGCGAUUGCACGAGUCUAGCAUCCCUACCCGCAAGAGGGCGAUCGAGCCGAGCACGGUAGAGGAGAGGCUGAGAGAGGACCGCAUGGAUGAGAGGGACAUUGAAGAGGCGAUCAAGGUGACGGAGGAGAAGUUGAAGGUGUUGAAGGGAGUUAUGGAUAAGAAGAAGCCGAUAGUCGGUUGA